AUGGCGGUGAACAAUACGGUAGCAACGAAAAUACCACCAUACCCUUCUUCCAGUGCAAGGAAAGAUUUAUCUCCCACCCAGAUUGCAAAUUUGAAUCGGACUAUAUUAGCCUGCAUCGGAGAUGUUCUAUCGCUUCCAUCUACUAAACGCAACACCCCCGCGGCACAUAAUUUCGUCUCUACAUACGCCAGAGACGCCGCUGUACAAACACUAGAAGCUCUGAUAUGGGGUAAUGGUGCUGUUAGUACUAAAGUGGAGUACGCGAUACGGCGUAGAGUUCUACAAUUGGCGGAGAAAUUAGACAAGCUGGAUGUACAGACCCUUCUGGAUCUUGUCAUCGUCUAUGCGAAAACGAAUCUUAAUCGAUUACGUGCGGUGCUCGAACUCAAUAGUCAUAGCCUGGCAACCUCAGAACUGGUGUCAUCCUUUGUCCUCCUUCUUCAGUUCGACAAUUCUCCCGGCCUCUAUGCACUUCGUAAAGCUUCCCAUUGCAUUUCGUCCCUUCUCCAUGUCGCCCCUUCUGCCACCCUCCGUGCAUUUGCCCAUUCCAAGGCAUUCGUUCUUGCCUUGGCGACUAUCUACCACACGGGAAUGAACACUGUUGCACAGUCCUAUGGUGGUCUCAACCUGACCAGAAGUGACGAGCCAGAUGCCGACGAUUGGGAGAAACUCUGGCUAGAAACCAAAGUAUCUUUCAUGGAUUCAUUCCAUGCAUGCAUGGUGUGCUUGCUCAACGGCCUGGCGUCGGCGUCGGGACCAAAUCUUGCAGCAGAAGCCGAGGCAACGUUCGACAUCGUUUUUGCUCUUUUCGAGAGCAAUUCAAGUGCUGAACAAUCUCAGAUCCCAUUUCUCAAUCGAUCUAUCCUGGCUGAUUAUCAGCAAUCUUAUGAUCUUAUGCGCACACUUUCCUCUUCUCUUCAACGCGCAGUGGAACGUGAUGCGCGCUUAGAAUUAUUGGAAGCAAGUCUGCGGGAAUUGGAGACUCAGUCAGGACCAGCUGAAGUCGGAAUGAAGAACCCAGGUGCAUUAAGACUGUUGUUACGCUCUUCCGGUGUUCCUCCCGGUAUUGACAACCGGGGUAUUGGCAGUGGUUGGAGCAAGGAAAACGGAAAAGGAAGGGAAAACAAGAAUGGAGUAUCUAUCUCCACUUCCGCUGCUUCUGUUGCGUCGACUUCGCAAUCCAUAUUAAAAAAUGACAUCGAUGUCAAAAUCAGCCAGGUCCUUGAUAUCUUUCCGGACAAAAACCCACUUUAUAUUCGUGAUCUACUUUCGCAUCCUUCUUACCCAUUCGCUAGUAAUUCGGACGGGGCGGAGAGAGUCAUCGGGGCUUUAUUAGAAGGGACUGCACCCUCUUGGGAUGAAGUACGAAAUGCAAGCAAAGCAGUGGCAGCAGCUCAAAAAUUGGAUUCCACUCCACCAGUAACCGAAAGACGCAAUAUAUUCGAUGAAGAAGAAGUGGAUAUAUCUAAGUUCAGAGUUGGAAAGAAGAGUGAGGAUGUCCAAUUGCUCUUCAGGGACCGUGAAACCGUUGAACAGAUGAAGGCAGAUAUACUCAGACGGGUAGAGGAAUUCUCGUCUUCGGAAGACGAAGACGAAGGCAAGUACGUAGACACAGACGAUGACCCGCUUGCUCCUACAGUGGCUAACAAAAUCAAAAUUGUUGGAGACGGGGAAGACAGUGAUUCUUCCGACUCUGAGGGUAGUCAUAACUAUGACAGUGAUCAACCUGCCAAAUUGUCCCCGGAAACAAUAUUGGAGUUGGCAUACAUUGAGAAUGCUAAACUCUUCGAUAGAGAUUCAGCCACAAGGGGCAGUAAAGCUCGGAAAGAUCUCAAGGAAAAGACGGGGUGGGAAGAUGAGCAGAUUGAGGGAUGGAGAAUCAUGUUGGAUCGAGAUCCGAGGAAGAAAGAACGGAUCUUGAAGAAACAUGAAUGGUCUGGGAACAAACCUUUAUCUCCCAUUGAACAGCCUGAAGCUUCCUCCAGCGGAGAUGGCCGUGGACGCGGAGGAGGUCGAGGAAGGGGCGAUAAUCCUUUAGCGCGUGGAAGAGGUCGAGGUCGAGGUGGUAGGGGUAGAGGUGGUGGUGGCACGGACAAUGCGUACGAGCGUGCGUGGAAGGAGAAGAACAAAAAUCGCGCUCGGAAGAGUGGCCAUGAUAAGAAAAUGGCACGAUCGGGCGGUGGACCACCGACAUGA